AUGGUUCUCUCGGUUUGUUUAUCCUUGGGGUUGAGUUCGGCUAAUAGGUUCCUAUUGGACCAAGCCAACCUCGUCUACACAAGCAUGGACCCUGGUGUCCAUGAACCAAUAAAGAACCCUACUGACGAAAAACUUGGCGUUGGUUAUGGAGUUGGAAUUGUCAAUGGAAAUGGUAUCGGGUAUGGCAUUGGACAAUCAUGGGGACAAUCAGGAGAAGGUAUUGGGUAUGGUGUUGGACAAUCAGGAGAAAGUCUUGGGUAUGGUAUUGGACAAUCAGGGGGACAGUCAGGAGAAAGUAUCGGGUACGGCAUUGGCGAAUCAGGGGGACAAUCAGGAAAUAACAUUGGAUACAACAUUGGGCAAUCAAGAGGACAAUCAGGAAAUAACAUUGGAUACAACAUUGGGCAAUCAAGAGGACAAUCAGGAGAAAGUCUUGGGUAUGGCAUUGGACAAUCAGGAGGGCAGUCAGAAGAAAGUAUUGGGUACGACAUUGGGCAAUCAGGGGGACAGACAAGAAAUAGCAUUGGGUGGGAACAACGGGUGUGGUGGACCGGGGGUGGAGUUGGGACUGUAAUUGGAUCCGGACAAAAUGGAGUUGGUGUGGGAUAUGGUUCAGGUGGUGUUACUCCUGGAUGUAACGUGGGCAAUUGUGGUGGAAACUGUGUACAAUCCUCGAGUGAAGCUACCAAAGAGAUGCCAAAGACUAUUAAAACAAUUACUUAG